AUGUGGACGAAGAACUUGCUAUUCGCUGCCUUGGUAGCACCGUUGGUGGUCUUGUCGCACCCUGAUGUUUCCGAAGAGUCCAUCCGACAUGAAAUGGUUCUGCGAAACAUCCAGCAUGCCAAGGCUACUCGUGCUCUGUCGGCCCAUGAGGGUUCCGCGGCAGUAGUAGCACUCCGACAGCGGGCUGCAGUCCGCCGUGCUGCGAAGGUUACCGAACUCCGGGCCAAACGUGGCCUGACUACGCAACCACUGGGACAUCAUAAGCGUGAUCUUGCUUCUCUGCAGUAUUGGGCUACUUUCAGUCACAACAGAACGGGCAACGGUUACGACUUAGAGACCCCUCAAGACACAAUCUUUGGAUCUAACAACACGGCUGCGCUGGUUCCAGAAACCACUGUUGGCCCAUACUGGGUACUUGGGGAGCUGAUUCGCACCGACUUGACCGAAGGGCAGGAUGGCGUCCCCGUACACCUAGAUCUGCAAUUCGUAGACAUUAACACGUUUGAGCCCGUGUCUGGACUGGUCUCGGAUAUAUGGCAUUGCAACGCUACUGGGACCUACUCUGGAGUCACCAGCGAGGGAGGAUUGAACACAACAUUCGCUCGCGGCUCACAGAUUACAGAUGACGACGGCGUAGUCCAAUAUGACACCAACUUCCCAGGCCAUUACGAUCGUCGUCUGACUCAUAUCCAUGUCAUUGCACAGAACAAUGUGACGGUGCUCGACAAUGACACUUGGACUGGAGGCGUUACUCGUCAUAUCGGUCAAAUUUACCUCGACGACUCUAUUAUCAAAGAGGUUGAAGCUACGCAUCCUUAUAACACCAAUACCAUUGCGUAUACAAGUCUCGAAGCCGAUGGUUGGGCGCUAGACGAGGCCACUGCAGACUAUGAUCCGUUUGCGGAGUAUGUCAAGCUCAGUAACAACAUUGAAGACGGUUUACUAGUUUGGAUCACCAUCGGUAUUGAUCUACAGGCCGACCACAGCGCCAACGCGACAGCGGCUGCACAUUAUUAUGAAGGCGGUGGGGUCUCAGCCAGGUGGCCAACCUGGUAA